UUGUUGCCUAACGGGGGAGAAAAUGAGGCUGUGAAGAAGUAGUGGAGUAUUAACCGACGUUGUUGCCAGUUUCUCCCGAGGAAAGGACGGACUCAGCGGAGAAAGACCGGGGAAGAAGUUUGUGCAAGAUGCAGGGGGUUUCAGCUACUGAUCUCCCUGCCUCCACUCUGCAGUACCAGUGUGGAUCAGUGGACUAUCUGUGUUCCCCACGGCUGGUGAAGAAAAUCCCGACCCCUAGACAAUGUCACGACAGGCCCGCCAUCAAACCCCGACCCCAGCCCUCCACCUCACCCAGACCUCCGACUGCACAGAAACCACAAGUGCCCCCUAAACCUACACACCUGCUCGCCCUCGGGCAAGAUAAGAAACCGAAGAGGAUCCCUCCGGCGCCGUCCAGACCUCUGCCAGCUCCCCCUCCUCCACCCAAACCAAAGCCCAGCGUGACUCCUCCUGGCCUGGUCACACAGCCACAGAGAGAGGCCCAGAAGGUGGGGCUGCUCAUCGAGAGGUUCGAGAAUUCAAGGGUGCCCAUCAUAGGGGUGCUCCCACGCUCCCAGCUGCACCUUUGUCUGAGAAUGGACACUGCAUCUGACAUCACGUCCUCCUGCGGCCAGGACACCAACACGGCGAGGGUCGCAGGAGACUGCUCCCCUGUGGACAAACUUGCACUUGGCACCUCGGAACGGACUGACGAGGUAUCUGAACUUUCCCACCUGGCCUCUGUGCACCUUGACGGCACAGAUGACGCCCCGCUGAACGACUCCGCGGAGUUUGACAUCACGCACGACAGCAUAAGUUGCCUUGACGUUGUGGAGCGGGAGGAGGGCUCCUCCCGCGAGCUCUUGGACAAUCCGGACUCCUCGGAGCAAAACGGGAAGAUUCCUAACCGGGACAGUGGCAUCGACAGCCCGUCCUGCACCGCAGAGGGCGAGGUGUUCCCCAACGAGGAUGCCAUCGACGAGGAGGAUCAUUACGACAGCGUCACAGAAACUGAGAGUGUGUCCUGCUGUGUUACCCUGAGCAACAAGAGAGACUCAACACAGGAUGAGGACAGUGACUUGGAUGAGGGCAGUAGUGGAGAAAUACACUCUCUGACGGAUACACAGACUGGCUAUCUGACAGACCCACAACCGGAGGUGCACAAAUGCUCAGAGGCUCAGAGGCUCCUCAACAUCUCCAAAGAGCUUCUCCAGACUGAAGAGGCCUAUGUAAAAAGACUCAACCUCCUCGACCAGGUAUUUUGCACUAAGCUCACAGAAGCUGGAAUCCCUCAGGACGUCAUUACAGGGAUCUUCUCCAACAUCUCCUCCAUCUACUGCUUCCACGACAAGUUUCUGCUCCCUGAGCUCAAGACGCGAAUUACUGGAGAAUGGGACUCGACCCCUCGUAUUGGAGACAUCCUCCAGAAACUGGCUCCGUUUAUGAAGAUGUAUGGAGAAUAUGUGAAGAACUUUGACCGAGCCAUGGACUUGGUCAACACCUGGACACAGCGGUCGUCACAGUUUAAGAGUGUCGUUCAGAAUAUACAGAAACAGGAUGUUUGUGGGAACCUGACGUUGCAGCACCACAUGCUUGAGCCGGUCCAAAGGAUUCCUCGCUAUGAGCUGUUGCUCAAAGACUACCUGAAGAAGCUGCCUGAAGACGCUCUGGACCGAAAAGAUGCAGAGAAGGCACUGGAACUCAUUUCUACUGCAGCUAACCAUUCCAACGCAGCAAUCAGGAAAAUGGAGAAGAUGCACAAACUGCUGGAGGUUUAUGAGAGGCUCGGAGGAGAAGAAGACAUUGUAAACCCAGCAAAUGAGCUCAUCAAAGAAGGCCAUAUCAAGAAGAUGUCAGCCAAAAACGGAACAGCACAAGACCGAUACCUCUACUUGUUCAACAAUAUGGUGCUAUACUGUGUGCCUAAACUCAGACUGAUGGGACAGAAGUUCAGUGUAAGAGAGAGGAUUGACAUCGCCGGCAUGGAGGUGCAGGAAAAUGUGAAGCAGAACCUUCCUCACACGUUUGCCAUCAUUGGCAAGCAGCGUUCCCUGGAGCUGCAGGCUAGGACGGCUGAGGAGAAGGAAGACUGGAUACAGGUGAUCCUGGCCACUAUUGAACGGCACAAACAAAACAGUGAAACAUUCAAUAAAGCUUUCAACAGCUCCUUCUCCCGGGAAGAUGACCACAUCCCUGAGUCUCCGGGUCCCUGGUGCAACACAUCUAUCGACUCAGACGGCGAAAGACUGCAUGAAAGAAAAAGUUCCAGGAAAAAGGAGAAAGAGAAGCAAACGUGUAAAGGCUGCAGUGAGAGCUUCAACUUCACCAAGCGCAAACACCACUGCAAGUCCUGUGGAGCGGCCAUCUGUGCAAAGUGUUCGAAGACCUUGGACAACAAAACAAGCCGAGUGUGUCCGGAGUGUUUCGAAGCCAGCCUCAGCCUGGAGAAUCUGGGCGUUAGUGAACCGAAAAAGAAAGCUGUGCCUGAGAGACAGACAUCUCUAACAGGGGAGAACUGCCUGCUAUGUGGCCACCUUCAAGUGCAGGAGAAAGGGAAGAGCUGGACCAAGAUGUGGGUGGCUGUCACCAAGGCAGAGCCACUGGUGCUGUACAUGCAGAGCAAUGGACAGGACUCCAAGGGUGCGCGGGCGGUGCCACUUCCUGGUUUCGAGGUGGCCGUGGCGCCGUCAUCAGCAGGUGACAAGUCGGAGCUCAAACACGCAGUGCGGCUCAGCCACACCCAGCAAACUUUGCUCCUAAGUGCCCAGGAUGCCGAACUCCAGGCCAAGUGGGUGGACGUCCUCUCCAAGGCUGCCCGCGGAGAGACGCCAACAGAGGCAUCGAACAGCCUGAGUGAACACAGGAAGAGCCAGUAGUAAUGGCCAUGUUGGAGCUACAGGACUCCCUUUCUCCCUCUUUCCCUCUCUCUCCUGUGUACAAAGCACACAUUACUUGAAUUCACUUUACCUUGGCACUUUUUUUGUUUAGUUUAGUAUUGUUUUGUCCCUUCAAAAGGACCACUCAAUCCUUCUUAUGCCACUUCAAUCUUCUCGCCAUGACCACACAGAUACUUCUUCUUCUUCUUCUUCUUCAUUUUCAUCUUUCUUUCUUUCACAAACACACAAAAACAAGAAGGACUUUACUAUCAAACAACCACUGUAUGUUUGUGUGGUUAGGAUGAUUUUAUUACUCUCAGUGUUUUCCAACAACUGGAGAGGGCUUAAUGUUUUAUUUGUAAUAUAGUAAAGACUUUUUUUUUUUUAAAAGAUGAAGUUUCCUGUACAUGAUGAGGCUGUGUUGUGAAGCAUUAAAUCUUAUGUGUCUGUUUUUUUUCCAUUUGUGCGAAAGUGAGUGAGUGUGUGUGUGUGUGUGUGUGUGUGUGUGUGUUUGAGCGUGAGUCCCCUCCUGUGUUUAUUAAGUAUUGAAUGUUAGUGUAAGAAAAACCUGCGCCACCUCUUUGUUCUCUCUCCUCCUGCUGGGAACACAGUGGCCGUUCGGUGGGUAUUGUACAGUAUGUAUACAAUAGUGUGAUGUAAGGAAAAAAAGACAUUUUAACUUAAGAAGACACAGAUGUGUAAGCUUGUGGCUGGCCACCUGAUGCUCCCACUGUCAGCUCCCAUAUUAUUCCUCUUUAUCGGUAAUAACUCGCUUCCAUCCUUGUCUUUGGACUCGUGAGACCUUUAAUCUGAGACUGAUCCAGCACAGUUCCUCUCUUUCAUUAUUGUGAUUCAUCCACAGACGGGACGGGAUCAAGUGGUCUCAACUGUGACCUAGGUUCAGUUGCUCAAUAUUUCCACUUGUACACAAGCUGAAUAAAUCCCUUUCAUGUUAUUCGCUCUCUCUAUUUCUGCAUAGCAACUGAUUCCCUGCUUCUCUCCCCAUGGUGAUGUGAUGGAAACCAAGUACUGUACUGUAAAACUGUUUUUUUCUGCCUUGCCCCCCCCCCCCCCCCCCCCGUGCCCUGCUCCUAUCAGCACCAGCCUUUAAGCAAAAGUAGCAAAAAAAGGAAGUUGUCAUUGGAUCAUUUGUGCAUGUAAACGCUCAUAUUUAUGUACCUGUGCUAUGAAAUCUUUCCCCUGUCCCCCAUUUUUAUGCUCCAGGAUUCAUUCUUGUUGUACUGUAAGUGAGCAGAGUCAGCAUUGAGUGUUUUUUUUAAACAUGGAUUGUGCACAGUGGAAACACAGUCAAGCAUAUCAUCAAUAAAACAGAUGUUGUGAUUCAUACAGUACCAUGCUGUUGAACAAGAAG